AUGGAAUUGGAACCUGUGAAAAGCAAGAACAUUCUUCUUCCAAUGGCUCGCCGUGGCAACCGUUCCAAAGGACAGAAGAUUACUAACCACUUUAGAGCCAACUUUACUAAACCAAACAGUCAACAUUUCUUCCAUUACAGUGUUGCUUUAACAUAUGAAAUGGGAGUCCAGUUGAAGCCAAGGGAAUUGGCAGAAAGAUUCUUGAAAAAGUUAAAGAGACUUAUCAAAUCGAUUUGGGUUUCAAACACUUUGCUUAUGAUGGCGACAAGAAUUUCUUCACUGUCGAAAUUUGUUGAGCCAGCCAGGAUUACCAAAUGGGCCGUUGUGAACUUCUUUGCUCGAUGUGACACGCACAGGAUUAUUUCUGAUUUGAUCAGAUGUGGAAAGAUGAAAGGAAUAAACAUAGAUCCUCCGUUUUACGCCGUCUUUGAAGAAAAUCCUCAGUUUAAGUAUGCUCUUGGUUCUGUAAGAGUAGAGAAGAUGUUUGAACAGAUUAAAUCCAUACUACCAGAGCCUCCAAGAUUCUUUCUUUGCAUUCUUUCAGAAAGGAAAAACUCUGAUGCUUAUGUCAAUGUAUUGCUCCUACCACAAAAUCAGAAAAAUGAUCAGUAUCUCACACAUGUUCUCCUCAAGAUAAAUGCCAAGCUUGGAGGAUUAAAUCCAGUGUUGGCUAUCGAGCGGUCACGAUCAAUGCCUUUGGUAAUGAGAGUUCCAACCAUCAUUAUUGGGAUGGAUGUAUCGCAUGGUUCUCCGGGGCAGUCUGAUGUACCAUCUAUUGCCGCUGGUUGUGAGUUCAAGAGAAUGGCCAUUAAUCUCAAAAUACAGGGCUUGUGUGCGUACACUGUCGCCUAA